GUUCGAAUCCCCGGGGCAAAAACCCUAAGCGAGGGCAGCGAUCCGCGAGCGCCAUGUAAGGAUUCCUCCUCUAGGCAUUCCUGGAUCCAUCGCCGGGCACGGGGCGCAGGGCUUUCGCGCAGGAAAUCCAUGGGCGCCUCUUGGAGCUCUGCGGACCCGGGAGGGAAUUCCCGGCCUGGAGGCGCCGGUAAUGCAGCGGCCAUUCCCUCGAUCGGCAGCAGCGGCGACUCUUCGAAGCGCCAGAGGCGCAUCGCGGGGGAGCACCAGUGGCAGUUGAUUCCAGGGCUUCCGGACGAGGUCGCGAUGCACGCCCUGGCGCGGGUGCCGCGCUCGUGGCAUCCGGCGAUGAAGCUCGUGUGUAGCUCGUGGCGGCAGGUCAUGAGCUCGAGCGAGAUCUUCCGGCUGAGGCGCGAGCUGGGCGUGGUGGAGGAGUGGCUCUACGUGCUCAUGAAGGACAAGGAGGAGGAAUUGGUGUGGUUUGCGCUUGAUCCACUCACGGCCCAGUGGCGGAGAUUGCCGCCCAUGCCCGACGUGGAUCAUCACCAGCACCAUCGCCAGCAGCAGCAGGAAAGAGAUCUCGCCGGAUGGAGCUUGUGGGAGCUCGGCUCUUCCAUCUCGGGGAUGGUGAGGUCGCUGUUUGGGAAGAAGGACUCCUCCGAGAGGAUCCCAUUCUUCGGCUGCUCGGCGGCGGAGCUCCACGGCUGCCUGUUCGUCCUGGGGGGAUUCUCCAAGGCCUCGGCGACGUCCUCGGUGUGGAAGUAUGAUCCGCGGACAGACUCGUGGAGCAAGGCCGCCGCCAUGGGGACCGCGCGAGCUUACUGCAAGACGGGGCUGGUGGAUGGCAACUUGUACGCUGUGGGUGGCGUGAACCGGGGCCGGAAUGGCCUCACUCCACUCCAGUCGGCGGAGGUUUACGAUCCGGAGGCCGACGCCUGGAGCGCGAUCCCCAGCAUGCCGUUCGUGGGCGCCCAAGUUCUUCCCACGGCGUUCGUGACGGACAUACUCAAGCCCAUCGCCACCGGGAUGGCGGCGUUCCGGGGGAAGCUGUGGGUGCCGCAGUCGCUCUACUCGUGGCCCUUCUUCGUGGACGUUGGCGGCGAGGUGUUUGAUCCGGUGUCCGGGAGGUGGGAGGAGAUGCCGCGCGGGAUGGGCGAGGGGUGGCCGGCUCGCCAGGCCGGGAUGAAGCUGAGCGUGGUGGUGAACGGGAGCUUGUUCUCGCUGGAUCCGAUGAGCACCGCCGAGGGCAGCAAGAUCAAGGUGUAUGACUUCGAGCAGGAUUGCUGGAGGGUGGUGGUGCGGAAGGUGCCCAUGGUCUUGGAUCUCUCCACCGAGUCGGAGUCGCCAUACUUGCUCGGGUGCCUGAGGAGCGGCCUUCAUGUGGUGACCAAGGACGCCGGGAACAACGUGACCAUUCUGCGGGCGGAGAUCGACGGCGGGCGUGGCGCGGGGGAUUCCGAGGCGGAAUCGUGGACGGUGAUCGCGAGCAAGAGCUUUGGCCGCGUCGAGCUGGUUGCGUGUCAAGUCUUGGAGAUAUAAAAUGUGGUGUAUUUAAUGUAAAUUUACGUAUAAACGCGGAUGUAGAUUAAUUUAA